AUGGAUUUAACAAAUUUAUCAGGCACUCAGAAGGAUGAGCUUAUGAGUCAAGUGAGACAACAAAUGAUGAUAGCAAACACUCAGGAAUUACUUGGUAAAAUCACUGAAAAAUGUUUCAAAAAAUGUGUAAAUAAGCCAGGCCAAGAAUUAGACAAUUCCGAACAGAAAUGCAUUGCUAUGUGUAUGGACAGAUAUAUGGAUUCAUACAAUUUAAUCAGCCGAGCAUAUACUAGAAGAUUAACACAAGAAUCGCAACGAUAG